AUGGAUGAGAUACAAACUGCAUUCGAAGAGUUUCAUACAAUUAGUGCUAACAAGACUGCCGAAUUCUUAAACACAGACACUUUAAAAGGUUUAUCAAAUGAAGAAUCUCAGAAAAGAUUAUCUCAAUAUGGUUUGAAUUCACUAGGUGAUGAUGCAAAGAUCGAUUAUAAAUCGAUUGUCUUACAUCAAGUUUGUAAUGCAAUGGUCUUAGUCUUGCUAAUAUCGAUGAUUAUUUCAUUGGCAAUCAGAGAUUGGAUUACUGGUGGGGUUAUUGCUUUUGUGGUUUUCCUUAACGUUUCCAUUGGUAUUUUCCAGGAGUAUAAGGCAUCAAAGACAAUGAACUCUUUAAAGGCAUUGAGCUCCCCUAGUGCACACGUAAUUAGAAACGGUAUUACACAAACUAUCCCUACAAAGGAUGUAGUCAUCGGGGAUCUUGUCACAGUCAAGUUAGGUGAUACUAUCCCUGCAGAUUUAAGAAUUAUUUCUCAAAAUAAUUUCGAAACUGACGAGGCAUUAUUAACAGGUGAAUCAUUACCUGUUUGUAAGAUUUCAGAUCCACUUGUUCCAGAUGAAACACAAAUUGAAAUUCCAGUAGGUGAUCGUAUAAAUUUGGCAUAUUCUUCUUCCACUGUGGUGAAAGGUAGAGCAGAGGGGAUUGUCAUUAAAACUGGGUUAAAUACUGAAAUUGGUAAAAUUGCCAAAUCAUUAAAAACUACAAAUCCUUUGAUCUCAAGAGAUAAAGAAAAUUCACUUUGGAAAAAUAUUUAUUUAACAAUUAAACAAUCUUGUGGUGCCUUCUUAGGUACUACUGUCGGUACUCCAUUGCAUAGAAAAUUAUCAAAAUUGGCCAUUAUCUUGUUUUGGAUUGCUGUUGUUUUUGCCAUUGUAGUAAUGGCAUCUCAAAAAUUCCAUGUUGAUAGAGGUGUAGCCAUCUAUGCUAUUUGUGUGGCCUUAUCCAUGAUUCCCUCUUCUUUAGUAGUGGUUUUAACAAUUACCAUGUCCGUUGGUGCAAGUGUUAUGGUUUCUAGACAUGUGAUUAUUAGAAAAUUGGAUUCUUUGGAAGCAUUAGGUGCUGUUAAUGACAUUUGCUCAGACAAGACUGGUACUUUAACUCAGGGUAAAAUGGUUGUUAAAAAAGUUUGGGUUCCACAAUUUGGUAUCUUAAACGUAAAGGAUUCUGAUGAACCUUAUAAUCCACAUACAGGUGAUGUGGAAUUCAUUCCAAAAAUUUCUCCUUAUGAAUUCGGGUAUAGUGAAGAAGUCUUCGAUCCAAUUAUUAUUCAAGAUUUUAAAGAUAAAUAUUUACAAAGUUUAGAAAAUGGUAAUGAAACUAAUAUCUCAAAUGAAGAGUUGACUCAUCUAUUUACUAGAUGGUUGGAAACGGCUACAUUAGCUAAUAUUGCAGAUGUUUUCUUUGAUGGAGAGGAAAAAGUUUGGAAAGCUCAUGGUGAUCCUACUGAAAUUGCUAUUCAAGUUUUCACUACAAAGAUGAAUUUAAGUCGUAAUAUUUUAACAGGUGAAAAUAAAAUUAUUCAAAUAGAUGAAAGUGACAAUAAUAAUACCACUAUUAACAAUGAUAAUAAUGAAAAAGAAUUAGAUUUAGGUGAAAAGCAAAAUGCAGUUGAAAUUAUGACAACUACUUCUUCUGAAGUUAAAGACUUGGUUUUAAAUUCAGGAACAUCUUCUCAAAUAUCCGAUUUUGAACAACCUAACUUUAAACAUACUGUUGAAUAUCCAUUCGAUUCGACUAUUAAGAGAAUGUCAGCUGUUUUUUACAAUAAAGAAGAAGAAACAUACAAUAUCUAUACUAAAGGUGCUUUCGAAGGUGUAUUGAAUUGCUGUUCCAAUUGGUAUAAUAAUGAAUCACAAAAUAUUCCAUUAACUGAUUCUGAUAGAGAUCAAGUUCAAAAGAACGUUAAUAUUAUUUCUUCUGAGGGUUUAAGAGUCUUGGCUUUUGCAACUAGAAAAAUUCAUAUUUCUGAAAUGACAGAACAAAAGAUGAAUGAUUUAUUAACCAAGAGAGAUUAUGUCGAAAAUGAUUUAACCUUCUUAGGAUUAGUCGGUAUAUAUGAUGCACCAAGACCAGAAACUGCCUCUGCCGUUAAAAGAUUUCAUAAUGCAGGUAUUAAUGUUAGAAUGCUUACUGGUGAUUUCCCAGGUACUGCUAAGGCAAUUGCUCAAGAAGUUGGUAUCUUACCAACAAACUUAUAUCAUUAUCCAAAAGAAGUGGUAGAUAUUAUGGUACUAUCUGGUUCUCAAUUCGAUAAGUUAACUGAAGAAGAAAUUGAUAAUUUGCCUGUCUUACCAUUGGUUAUUGCUCGUUGUUCCCCACAAACAAAAGUUAGAAUGAUAAAGGCACUACAUCGUAGAAAGAAGUUUUGUGCCAUGACUGGUGAUGGGGUUAAUGACUCUCCCUCUUUAAAAUUAGCUGAUGUAGGUAUUGCAAUGGGGAUCAAUGGUUCUGAUGUUGCAAAGGAUGCAUCUGAUAUUAUCUUGAGUGAUGAUAACUUUGCUUCAAUUUUAAACGCUGUGGAAGAAGGUAGAAGAAUGAGUGAUAAUAUCCAAAAAUUUGUUUUACAAUUACUAGCCGCAAAUAUUGCUCAAGCUAUUUACUUACUUGUUGGGUUAGUAUUCCAAGAUGAAAAUAAUGAAUCUGUUUUCCCUCUUUCCCCUAUUGAAGUUUUAUGGAUUAUCGUUUUUACUGCAUGUUUUCCAGCCAUGGGAUUGGGUUUAGAGAAAGCUGCUCCAGAUUUAAUGGAUAGACCACCAAAUGACUCUAAGAAUGGUAUUUUUACAUGGGAAUUAAUUGUUGAUAUGUUUGUUUAUGGUCUAAUGAUGACUUGUUGUUGUAUGGGUUCAUUCACCUCUGCUUUAUACGGAAAUGGUGGUGAAUUAGGCUAUAAUUGUAAUAAUGACUAUAACGAAAGCUGUCACACUGUAUUUAAAUCUCGUUCUACAGCCUUUGCAACAAUGACUUGGUGUUGCUUAUUUUUGGCUUGGGAAGUUGUUGAUUUGAGAAGACCAUUUUUUAGAAGACAGCCAGAAACUGAUGAACCAGUUAAACAAUUCUUUAGAGAUGUGUGGGGUAAUCAAGUCUUAUUUUGGUCAAUCAUUCUAGGAUUUGCUAUCACAUUCCCAGUAGUUUAUAUCCCAGUUAUUAAUGACAAAGUAUUUUUCCAUAUCGGUAUUGGUUGGGAAUGGGGAGUUGCAUUAGGAUUUUCAGCUGCCUUCUUUGCAUUAUGUGAGGUCUAUAAAUAUUUCAAAAGAUUGUAUUACCGUAAUACAAAUAAGGCACAAAAUCCAGAAAAUGAUUUGGAAAAUAACUCUUCUAGAGAUCCUUUUGAAGCUUACAGUACAACAACUACUUGUCAAACUGAAACCAUUUUUGCACAAAGUAAGUUAGAAAAGUAA